AUGCAUUCUGACUACAAGCUACCCACUGUUGAAUUUAUCGAUCCGAUAAUUUACGCUGAGAUACCAAACAUACAUGAAGAUCCAGAAUUGUAUUCUCUUGUGAAUGAGUUCAUGAUACAUGGUCCAUGUGGCGCUGAAAAUAUCAAUUGUCCAUGUAUGGUCGACAAAAAGUGCUCAAAAAACUUUCCAAAGCAAUUCUGUAAUCAUAGCUCAGUUGAUCAGAAUGGUUUUCCAUUGUAUAGAAGAAGAAACGAUGGUCAUUUUGUUGAAAAAUCUGGUGUGAAGUUGGAUAAUAGAAAUGUUGUCCCUUACAACAAAUAUCUAUUGAAAAGAUACCAAUCACAUAUUAAUGUUGAAUGGUGCAAUCAGGGUUCUUCUAUAAAGUAUCCUUCUGUGGUUAGACUGCCUUUUCAUCUUCCUGGUCAACAACAAAUUAUAUAUGGUGAAGACGAUGAUAUUGAUGAUGUUCUCGACAAACAUUCUGUUGCUUCUUCAAUGUUCACAGCUUGGAUGGAAUGUAAUGCAGUUAAUGCUGAUGCACGGAAACUUACGUAUGUUGAAUUUCCUACAAAGUUUGUUUGGCAUCGUGGUGAUAGGAUUUGGAAGCCACGUAAAGUCAAAGGUCCGAAAUCAUUUGAAGAAAUUCGCACAGUAAAUGGUGAAGAAUAUUCUUCUUUUAGAGAUGCUUGUUAUGCUCUUGGUCUUUUGGAUGAUGACAAAGAAUACAUCGACGCAAUCAAAGAAGCGAGUCAUUCUGGAUCUGGUUCUUACCUACAAUUUUUAUUUGCUACAUUGUUGAUGUGUAACAGUAUGUCUAAACCGGAGGUUGUUUGGAAAAACACAUGGGAAUAUUUGGCAGAUGGAAUUCUUUAUCACCAACGACAGAGAUUCAAGUCUCCAGAACAAGUUUUACUUCGGAACAACUUGAGUUUAAAAAAUUUCAAAAACAUGCCUAUCCCGGAUGUUGAUUACGUUUCUUCUUCAAACAAUCGACUCAUCACAGAAGAGCUAAAUUAUGACAUUACAAAUAUGAAGAAUAAGUUUGAUCGUAUGUUUCUUGCGUUGACAAAUGAGCAGCGUCACAUUUUCGAAGAUAUCAUGACUGUUGUUAAACAAAAUAAAGGAGGUGUCUUCUUUGUUUGUGGAUAUGGUGGAACUGGUAAAACUUUUUUAUGGAAGACAGUAUCUGCAGCUAUUAGAAAAGAUGGUCAUAUUGUUUUAAAUGUUGCUUCAAGUGAGAUUGCUUCAUUAUUAUUGCCCGGAGGUAGAACAGCACACUCUCGAUUUAUUAUUCCAUUUGAACUAACAGAGGAUUCUAUUUGUAAAAUAAAUCGAAGUAGUGACCUUGCUAGCUUAUUGAGAAAAACCUCAUUGAUAAUUUGGGAUGAAGCUCCUAUGGUCCAUAAGCAUGCAUUUGAAGCUUUAGAUCGAAGUUUGAAAGAUGUAUUCUUGUUUGAAAAUUCUACCAACUCAGAUAUUCCGUUUGGAGGGAAAGUUAUUGUUUUUGGAGGUGAUUUCAGACAGAUUCUACUUGUUAUUCCAGGGGAAGUAGACAAAACAUUGUUAAUGCUUCUUUAA